AUGUGGCUUGCUGUCCACCUCCACCAUGGGCUGAAGCAGCUUAUGGGCCGGUGGCAGCCGCUAACCGCCCCUAAAUUCCCGCCGUUUGUUAGGGCUCUUCCUCAACCCUCGCCCAGCCGCCGCCGCCGCCGCGUCGCCGUCUCCGUCACCCCCAUGGCUUCCACGGCGACCACGCGCCGCCGGCCACGGCGGGGCUCCAAGGGCCCCAACGCCGACCUCUGCCGCACCCUCACCGACUGCACCCGCCGUGGGGACGCGGCCGCCGCCAUGGCCGCCUUCGACGCCGCUGUCUCCGACGCCGAUGCCGACGCCCCUCUCCGCCUCGCCGCUCACCAGUACAACCAGCUCCUGCACCUUCUCGCCGCUGCCGACCUCUCCUCCUUCCCCGGCCCCGCCGCCGCCGCCGACGCGCGCCGCGUCUUCGACCACAUGCUCCAGGCCGGGGCGCCGCCCUCCGAGGCCACCAUCACCUCCCUCGCGCGCGUCACCGCCGCCGCCGACGACCCCGGAUCGUCGGCCGCCGACGAGGCGUUCGAGCUCGUGGCCACCAUGAAGGACAAGUACGGCCUCUCCCCGCGUCUCCGCUCCUACGGCCCCGUCCUCGCGGCGUUUCGGCGUGCCGGGGAGGCCGCCAAGGCCUACGCUGUUGAGGCUCACAUGACGGCCUCUGGCGUCUCGCCUGAGGAGCCCGAGCUUGCCGCUCUCCUGGAUGUCAGCUCCAGAGCCGGGGACGCGGACAAGGUGUAUGAGUAUAUGCAUAAGCUGAGGCAAAUCGUGGACUGCGUCAGCGAGGAGACUGCAGGAGUUGUGGAGGCCUGGUUCAGGAGCGACAAGGCAGCCAUGGCCGGCAAGUCUGAAUGGAAUGCCGCUCAGGUGAAGGACGCCAUUGUGGCCAACGGUGGUGGCUGCCACCGCCUUGGGUGGCUUGGAAUCGGCCCUUGGACGGUGCAGCGGGUGAGAGUUGGGGCUGAUGAUCAGUGUGGGGGGUGUAGAUAUCGCCUCGCUUGCAUUGACAUUGACAUGGAGGAGACACAGAGGUUUGCUGAUUCUGUUGCUGGUUUGGCCCUCGAGAGGGAGACUAAAACAAAUUUCAGCCGAUUUCAGGAGUGGUUGGAAGCAAAUAAAGAAUAUCAAGCUAUAGUCGAUGGUGCGAAUAUUGCACUGUAUCAACAAAAUUUUGCAGAGGGCGGUUUCAGUUUGACUCAGCUGGAUGCCGUUAUAACAGAGGUACGGGAUAGAUAUCAUGGGAAAUGGCCACUUAUCAUACUACAUAAUAAACGAAUUUCCAAGCUUAUGGAAAAUGCAUCUAAUAGACAUUUGAUUGAGACUUGGAGAACAAAUGGGGCUUUGUAUACUUCACCAAGUGGGUCAAAUGAUGACUGGUAUUGGCUAUAUGCAGCAAUCAAACUAAAUUGUUUGCUUGUGACUAAUGAUGAAAUGAGAGAUCACAUAUUCGAGCUUCUAGGGUCGCCCUUUUUUCCAAAGUGGAAGCAACGUCAUCGGGUAAAGUACACCUUUAAUAAAGGAAAAGCGGUGCUUGUGAUGCCACCCCCUUAUUCUUCAGAGAUUCAAGAGUCAGAAGUGGGAUCUUGGCACAUUCCGAUGGAAGAGAAGUCUGGGGAUGAGAGAGGUAGGAUUUGGCUUUGUAUUGGCAGGGGAGGUUCGUGCAAAGAACAUGGUGAAGUUCCCACAACUAAUGGAGUUGUCCACGAAAUUCCUCCAACUGAGGCAUCUAACUUGGUGCAGCAGAGGCUCGCAGAAAAUAAGGAUGAGUCGAUAACUGGUAAAAGAAAGGAUAGAGAUUGA